AUGGGUGCCUGGAUGUACGUGGGCUUUGCCAUCCGCAUGGCCGAGGGCUUGGAACUGGGGAUCGGUGAUGACAAGCCUCCUCACCUUCGCCGUCGUUUGGCUGCGUCCGCAUCCACUACCUUUCCAACGACGGCAGCAGAAACAGAGGCCGGCAGCAGGACUAAUGCCGAUGCCAGACUUGAAGCUGCUCCACGCCCAGGAACUGAUUUACCGGAUCUAUACAGAGAAGGAACCGGCACCGUUUCUCAAAAUGUUAACGACAAGCGAGGCGCAAAGGCCCUCGAAGAGAUUGCUACCAGCGAGGUGCGGCGACGUACUAUGUUCAGCUGCUUUGUUUUGGAUCGUAUGUUGGCCUGCGGUAAGAACCGUUCGGCCAUGAUCCGCUCUGAAAACGUCAAGAUACAGCUUCCUUGCUCCGAAAUUGCGUUUGAUUUGUCCUUUGAGACCUUCACUGGGUACCUGCGGCCGCGCCCUGAGAUCGGGAUUCAUGUAGCUGGACCUCCGGAUUCGGGGGAAGUCGCAUCGGAUGUCAACGAUAGCUUGCUGGCCCGCUUCAAUCUUCUUGUCGAUAUAUGGGGCGAGAUCUCCGAGUACAGUUUUGCAGGAGGCAGACACACAGAAGAGCAACCGCCAUGGGAAGAAUCUAAAUUCCGUCGACUGCGUGGGAACCUCGAGAGCUUUUAUGCGCACCUUCCGUCCACGUUCACCUUUUCCACUGCCAACUACCACAAGCACGAAAACCACAACGCGUCGACCGAGUACGUAUCGCUUCAUAUGCUUUUUGCCGUCUGUCAGAUUAUGCUGCACCGCGAGUACACCCCGUUUAUCCCGAUCCGGUGUAUGCGCCCAAUGGGGCCACUCGACGAGCCAACGUUUCCCGAAGGAAGUGCGCCUCGAAUGUUCUGGGAACAGAGUGCAGACACGAUGUUCGAGGCUGCCUACAAUAUUAUCGAGCUGAUUGAAAUCUGCCAGACCCGAAAGCAAAUGCCAAUGUCAGCACUGGUAGUUUUUGCUGUGUGGACGGCAGCAUUCGUGGGCAUAUACGCGUGGCAUUUCCCACGAAUGGACAAAAAUCACCACAUGGUGACCCAGUUCGAUGCUGAACGCAAUGGAAGACGCGGACCUGUGUUGUCCAACAACGACGACCGGCGGGUCUCCACACACGGGCCGACAGCGGCUGCUUUUGAGGCCCUGAAAAGUAUGGGCACGUGGCUUCAAAUGGCAACUACCUAUGUCAAGUAUUUCCACGAGAUGGAUGAAUACUACGAGGGUGUUAAAAAGGAAUAUUGGGUGCAUGUAGAGAAACACGGCGGAGAGACGGGCAGGCACAAGAGUGUCCGACAAGGUGGCAAUGAUGGCGGCCUUGAUGAGUGGAAGGUCCACGGACCGAAAGUGAUGAACAUUGGGAAGAUCUCUGCAGCCGAAGAAGCAGGCUCUGAGGGGGUGGAACUUCCGGCUGAUGGCAACAAACGUGACAGAGACAACGCCAACAAACAUAUUGCACCAGAGCCACGCUUAGUGGAGUCAGCAAAAACUUCCAGCUCGCAGCUGAGACGUACAGCGGUCGAUGGCUCUUCGUCCUAUAGCAAUACACAAGAUGCCAUCGGUCAAGACGGAGGGGAAGGACCACGACAAGGGCAUCAGCAGCAACAGCAGCAGCAACAAGAGAAUGCCAUCGACGAAAAUACCGCAGUGGACGGCGGAGAAGGUGCUACAACGGUGGCAACUGCGGUGCCGGGUAACAGUUUGCAAGGCAUUUUGUAUGGAGGCGAGAAUGCCGCGCAAUUUGCCGGGGACGACAUCGACAACGGUGUUGAUGAGAACAACAAUGGCAGCGGCGCGAUGCAAGCUAUCCCAGAGGAACAAUGGGACCAGUUUGCGCAGCAUGCACAAGAGCAGCAUCCGGCUCAAAUGUAUGCUCAGGGUCCUCUGUCCCAGACACAAGCCAGCUCCUCGAAUUUCUCGCCGGAAGACUGCCUGCCGAGUGAUGUGGCGACAGACUUCCAAUUUGAUCUGUUUUAUCCGCCCUUGGCCGAUGUCGAGCCAUACGUCAGCACCCUUGAGGGCAAGCGAUGGCAGGAUGCCAGCCAAGCCGUGGGCAUCGAGCGUUUCUCGCAGGCGGAACUGGACGGCCCAGCCGUUUGGGGCGCGUCUUAUUUUGGAGCUGAAUAUCAAACUGGAGGUUUCCAGUCUUGA